AUGUAUGCAGGAUUUAUACUCAAUGAGAGCAUACUGGCCUCUGAUGCUGAAGGCCUCUUCAGCCUCUACAGACUGCUGUUCCACAGGGAAUCCUCGGCUCAGGGAUGCUCCUCUGCUCCUCUGCUCCUCUGCAAACAAAGGAAGGAGGUCUCAGACACCACACUGCCACAUCACACUCACAGCAUGCAUUUAGGACUGUCGGUGCUGCUUCUCUCCUGGACGAGCAGUUGUCUGUGCGCUCCGCAGCAGACUUGUCAUCCAGGAGACGAGUUUUUGGGAAGAUGCAGCAACAACGUGUUUGAAGACAAACCUACCUGUACAGAUAUGAACCUUGGCUCCUGUAAUGAUUUGGAGUACUCUAGAACCAUAUUUCCCAACAUCCUUGGCCAUCGGAGUCGCCAGGAAGCGGAGUCGGGGGCAGAGUACCUCUUGCUGAGCGUCAUCCACGGCCUGCUCAACGGGGAGUGCUCCCCCGAGAUACGCCUCCUCGGCUGCUCGGUUAUCGCCUCGCCCUGCAAGGACGACAAGAUGAUCAAACCCUGCCGCAGCACAUGCGACGCACUGAGGAGGGACUGUGCCCAUGCCUUCGAAGCCAUCGAAAUGGCCUGGCCCUACUUCCUAGAUUGCGAUCGUUUCUUUGCCAGUAACGAGGAGGGCUGCUUUGACCCGCUGGCAGGGCUGAAAGCCAGACAGGGGCUAGAAAUGUCCAGCCUUUCACCUGAGGAACCCAGCACCAUCAUCCAGUUCACAUAUGCCUCCAACGCCCAGAUGUACAGCUUGCUGAAAAGAACAGCAGCCAAGUGCUCCCAAAUCUCUCAUGUGUACAGCAUUGGGCGCAGCACAGAAGGCCGGGAUCUGCUGGUUAUUGAGUUCAGCAACAACCCAGGACAGCACGAGCUAUUGGAGCCAGAGGUCAAGCUGGUGGCCAACAUGCAUGGCAACGAGGUGCUGGGCCGCCAGCUGCUGAUCUACCUGGUCCAGUACCUGUGUUCAGAGUACAAUCUGGGGAACCAACGAAUUCAGACCAUCAUCAACACCACCCGCAUCCAUAUUCUAGCUUCCAUGAAUCCAGAUGGCUAUGAGCUGGCCGCCUCAGAGGUAGAGGAUAACAAUGACCCGGAGCUCAGCAACCAGGAAGGUCACUUGUUGAAUGGUUGGACCAAUGGACGGACCAACGCCCAGAAUCUUGACCUCAACCGCAAUUUUCCAGACCUCACCUCUAUUUUCUACCGAAACCGCCGCAGCAGGCACUACCGCAUUGACCACAUCCCAAUCCCUGAUGCCUACUGGUUUGGCAAGGUGGCACCAGAGACCUAUGCUGUGAUGAAGUGGAUCAGGUCACUGCCCUUCGUUCAGUCCGCCAGCCUCCACGGAGGAGAUCUGGUCAUCUCCUAUCCCUUUGACUUCUCUAGACACCCGCAGGAGGAGAGGAUGCUCUCACCCACUCCUGAUGAACAGGUCCUCAAGCAGCUGGCUCGUACCUAUGCAGACGCCCAUGACACCAUGUCAAACAAUGACACAGAGAGGUGUGGAGCCUCCUUCUACCGAACCAGGGGCAUCAUCAAUGGGGCUUUGUGGUACAGUUUUGCUGGUGGUAUGUCAGACUUCAACUACUUACACACUAAUUGUCUGGAGAUCACUGUGGAGCUCGGCUGUGACAAAUUCCCAUCAGAGGCCGAGCUUUACCCAGAAUGGAAGAGGAAUAAGGAAGCUCUGCUCGGUUUUAUGGAGUCUGUCCAUCGAGGGAUAAAGGGAGUUGUUCAAGAUGUUGAUGGAAAUGGGAUAAAAGGUGCAACUAUCUCUGUCAGGGGAAUAAGGAAAGAUGUCACCACAGCUGAAGAUGGAGACUACUGGCGGCUGCUGAAUCCUGGUACUCACAUCCUGACAGCCACAGCCAAGGGUUACUCCAGGGUCAGUAAGAGGGUUUUUCUGCCUCACAACAUGAACAAGGCCGGACGUGUCGACUUUGUCUUGGAGAAGGUUCCCAUAGAGCCUGAUAUCGACGACCAUCUCUUCCCCACAGUAGACUCAUGGGACCGAUUCGACCCAUACAACCAGUUUGAUCGCUACAGCCAGCAAGACGUAAGUGAGGGAGGGAUAGAGCGGCAGGAAAAACCAUGGUGGUGGAACUACUUCUCCCAGUCUGGCAUCUCACCUCCACACUGGCUGCUGCGAAAUGUCUAGACACAUUACAGGACAAUAAAGAUCCCAGGAUACCAAUACGAGACUGGUGAUGGACGAUCCCACUUCCAACCCCACUGGUGCUUUCAGAGGCGUCUAUGUAGCAGGAGCUGUGACACUAAAAUCAGCAGUAGGCCUACCUAAAUAGGUUUCAGUGCUUUUUAAGAUGUGAAUACGCUUUUUUUCCCACUAGGCAACAGAUUUGAUUCUGGCCUGUUAGCCGAGUUUUGGCAAAUAUUGCUUUGCAGCUGAAUUAACUUGUUUAAGUAAAGAUGUAACCACUGGGAAAUAAAAGAUUUAUGGAUAACUCAAUUGUGAAACUUUAAAGAUGUUUAGAGUCAAAAAAGAACUGUCUAUGCACUUGUUUGAAUUUUGUGACACAAUUUCACAUGUGACGGCAGCUGCAAAACAUGUCUUUUACACAUUUAAAAAAAAUUAGUUGGGUACAAAUUUCAUGCAGAUUUGACUGUUUUUAUUAUUAUUACAUUCCACGGCUUAUGUUUUAGCCACCAGUUAAUACAUAUACUGGGCAUAAGUGCAACAGUCAACAUUUUCUUGACCUGUUAUUAUACCAUAUAUUGAGCACUACUAUAAACUUGGAUUAGCAGCAAUACUGUGCCAAAUGUGAACAGCUGCACUUCUUGCUUUGUUUGAAUUUCACAAGCAUAAAAAA